GAAGAGGGGGGGAUAUCGACAUCUAGAUUGGGAUUACGGCCGUUUUUUGCCAGGCUGCGUUGAGCGACAUUUGUGCGUUUUUUCUCAAAUGAUGGAUUAAACAAAACCUAUUCCGGGAUUGACGGCAACCGACCAGGCGGAUUUAAUCGCGAAUUAAGGUCAUGUCUCAGAUGAGGAAGCUGGCAUGUGAUGGCGCCCGACCCACCUCCCGCUGUGAUCCUUCAGUUCCAGCUCCAUCGGCCAGGCAGGAGAUCCUUACCAGUCUGGUAUCGGCCCUCGACUCGGUGUGUAUGGCCAUGUCCAAGCUGAAUGCCGAGGUGGCCUGUGUCACCAUUCAUGAGGACAGUGUCAUCGCACUCGGCACGGAAAAGGGACGAAUAUUCCUCAACUCCAGGAGGGAAAUCCAGACUGACUUUUACAAGUUUUGUCGGGUGCCGUCAUGCCCGCCCAAUGUAAACCCAACCAAAGACCAGGAUGCGGAUGCAGGAAAAGAGGGAGAGCACGGCCAAACCGUGAGGGUGCCCCCACUACCGCCACCACCGGCAGAUGCCCAAUCCAAUGUGUUUGUCUUAAGAAAAAUGGUGGACGAGGUCUUCACUGUUCUUUACAGUGAAGCGGCCGGAAAGGGCACCUUAGUUCCCGUGCCUUACGAGCGGCUCCAGAAGGAGCCCACUUGCUUGACGGCCCACGGCCUGCCGGAGGGUGUCUCCCUCAGAAAGCCGUCUGAGUAUGAUGCCAACACGCUCAUUAAGAUUCUGGAACAAAGCCACCGGAUACAUUUUGCCGUCACAAGGCCGACGGAAGACUUGUCUCGCGAAGCCAAGUCAGCGAGUACAGAUCUGGGCCAUCGUGGCUCUUCCGGCGGCGCCGUGGCACCGGGCAGCCCCGGCCCGGUCAAGACUACUGCCCAGGUAGUCACGCCGUCAAGUCCCGCCACUUGCGCCAACUCUGUUCUCUCAAACUUCCUGUACGGCAUGCCCAUAUCCUCCAAACCCCACCCAGAUGGCACGCCGGACUUCAAGCCCACGUCGCUCCUAGGCCUGGCCAAGGACCGAUUGGCCAAUUGGACAGACAAGGGCGCAUGCGGGAAGGACGCUGCCAGCAAUGAUGAAAUAGUAAGAGUAGCUGGCGAGCAGGGUCAGACACCUGCAAAUAUUCACAUAUCCAAGAGAUUACUCUUCUCCAUAGUGCACGAGAAAUCAGAAAAAUGGGACUCGUUCAUCCGAGAGACGGAAGACAUUAACACAUUGAGGGAAUGCGUCCAGAUCCUGUUCAACAGCAGAUACGCUGAGGCCCUGGGUCUGGACCACAUGGUGCCAGUGCCGUACCGCAAGAUUGCGUGCGACCCGGGCGCGGUAGAAAUUUUGGGGAUCCCGGACCAGAUCCCCUUCAAGCGUCCAUGCACCUACGGGGUCCCCAAAUUGAAAAGGAUCCUGGACGAGCGACACGCCAUCCGUUUUGUGGUCAGACGGAUGUUUGACGAAAAGAUUUUCACAGCUGCCGCCAAAAUGUCGAGGGAGGAGGGCAAGCAGGAUGGGGGGACCACUGCCCCGGAAGACGUCUUCCCGGAGAACUUGAGCCUCACGCCGACCCCCUCCGGCCCCAUGGAGCUGCCGGUCAAUCCUCACAGCGUCCGGUCGACGAGUGCGUGCGUGAGUCCCCUGGCUGAGUUUGAAGCAGGUCCUUCAGUAGAUUGCAUCCCUUUGAAACGGAUUAAAACGGAGCCUCCGGACGCAGACAUCAUUCAAGUUACCGUGCCGGCAGAAGCCAGCUCUAGCACGGAGGAGCCCAGCGAGCCCGCCUCCUCUCCCUCCGGCCACUCGGCCCUCCACCAGCAGGCGGAGAAUCACGCAGCUGGCGAAGCAUUGUCACCUACAGCAGCACCCCAGAGUCACAGUAGACCCUCUGAAGCUGGUUGCCUGGUGGAGGACAUUGGUGAAAUGAUUCUUCAACUGCGCAGACAAGUGGACAACUUGUUCAGUAUCAAAUACGCGGAAGCUUUGGGCCUCCCCAAGCCAGCCAAGGUGCCCUACUCCAAGUUCCAAAUGUACCCUGAGGACCUUUUCGUCACCGGGCUGCCUGAAGGCAUCGCCCUGAGGCGGCCCAACUGCUUUGGGGCGGCAAAGUUGCGCAAGAUCCUUGCCGCCGGCAGCCAUAUCCAGUUUGUCAUCAAAACGCCCAAGCUGUUGAGUGAACAAGUCAAACAAGAGAUGCCUUCUGUCGGCGACACAGAGCUAGACGUCAAGGACAUGACAUCAUUGACGGAAGAAAAUGUGGCGUUGUCCAAAAGACCUGCUUUCUCAGAGUGCCUGGAGUCAAAGCUGUCCCGGAUUGACCUGGCCAACACGCUACGGGAGCAGGUCCAGGACCUGUUCAACAGGAAGUAUGGCGAAGCACUCGGCAUUAAGUACCCAGUGCAAGUGCCUUACAAGCGAAUCAAGAACAACCCAGACUCUGUCAUCAUUGAGGGGCUCCCGCCCGGCAUCCCCUUCCGAAAGCCCUGCACCUUUGGCUCCCAGAAUCUGGAGCGCAUCCUCGCUGUCGCUGACAAAAUCAACUUCACCAUCACCAGACCUUUCCAAGGCCUCAUUCCAAAACCCGCACCUCGCCGAGUCACUCUUCUUAAGAAGGCAUACGCGACCAUAAGUGAGGAUGACGACGUCAACAGAGUCGGGGAGAAGGUGCUCCUCCGCGAGCAGGUCAAGGAGCUGUUCAACAAGAAAUACGGCGAGGCUCUGGGUCUUGACCGAGCCGUGGCAGUGCCGUACAAACUGAUCCGUGGGAGCCCAGAGUGCGUGGAGGUAGAUGGGCUCCCUGAAGACGUGCCCUUCCGGAACCCGGGCACCUACGACACCGCCUGCCUGGAGAGGAUCCUCGGCGCAAAAGACAAAAUCAGCUUCAGCGUCAAAAACCAGCUACAGCCUUUUUCAGAACUGUGUAGUCAGCCCUGCAACACAGCGCGCGCGCCUGAGGCCUCCACCAGUCGGCGGAAACGCAAGAGAGUACAGGAAAGCCUGCGAGGCCCCGCCCCCUCUGCCUCAGAGCUGGCCUCGUCAGCCAAUCAGAUUCCAGUCAUGCAGUGGCCCAUGUACAUGGUGGACUACAGCGGUGUCAACAUGCAAGUAUCAGGAAAAGUCAACUACUGACAAGAGUCUGUGCCCUGAAACGGCGUCAUCAACAAUCGGUGUUUUUUUGUUUAACUUUAGCACUAAAAAUAGUUGCAUUGUAUACGUGCUCAAUUAACAUCAACACUUUUGGAAAAAAAAUCAGUGACGUCAUACGCUAAUGUAUGUUUUUUAUUUAUUCUAUUUAUUGAACUGCAAUGCUGCCAUUACCAGGAAUGCUAACAAACACUAAUGCUUAGCAGGGGUCAUAUACUCUGGAAUUUUUUUUUUUUUCCCUAUGCUACAGUCAGGUCUAUAAAUGUUGGGCACAUGGAUACAAUUCCCUUCAGUUUUCUCAAAGCAAGUGAAAAUCUUGAUUCCAGUCAGGUGGUUGACUUAGUCAAUUUUUGACAUUCCUCUUCCUUCAAAAAAAAAAAAAAAAAAAUGCCGAGAAGCAUCCGCAACACUUAACAAAUGACCCCUGCUGCUUUUGUUCAGUUCUGUUGUAAAUACUUCCAAUUAAAGCUUGUUUAUUUCAUUGUGAUGUUUAAAGCCAAAAAAAAGGAAUGUGUUGAUGUCCCAAUACUUAUGGACGUGACUGUUUCAAAAUCAUUUUUGUUACCAGUCUAUGGAGUUUUGAGUUGAACCAGCUUUUUGUAUCCAGGCGCAUUUAUCGAAAGCCGUUUGAGCGUUUACAUCUAGCGCUUCACUUGUACUCGCAGAGCCAACUGGUCUGUGAAAUUUAAGCUGCAAAGAUCUGGAAUAAAUGCUCAAAACGUUUUCCACACUUAUUAGCAUUAUGUACCAUAACAUGAGUCAAUUUGAAUGUAUCAAGCAGGGCUUGUCCCCGACUUAAAAGAAUGCUAUAGUGACUAACCCCCAUGUAAACAUGCUGUACCUUAACGCCAAUUAGGCCUUUCCAAAUAAAAUGUGUUGCCUUG